AUGCGAAAAAUAGGCCUGCACGCGCGAGUGGCAGCGUUGCAGCAAGUCCAGGAGACUCCUCCUGAGGCCACUGAGGCCACCUACAUCUGCAUCUGGAACAGCUGGCAUCUCUUCAUCUGUGUCGUCUGCACUGCACGCGCGCACCGGGUGCUGGCGACCUUUCGCGAGCAUGUGACCGACUGUGAGGCCUUCACGGAAACUUUUCUCCCUGCUGGAGGCCGAAAACCGACUCUGCAGAUGUGGCACAGGCAAACAACGCCAAGCUCCUGCUGGGAUGGCCCGGUCUGCAUCGGCAAGAAGGCCCAAAUCCUCGGGGCUUCAGCUGGAAGCCGCCACGGCUCUGGCCGCAUCACACAGAACUUUGGGCUCCUUUCCUUGCAGAGGCUGCGGAUUUGGACCGGCCGCUGCAAGGAUCGCCAUGUGAUGUCACGCGCCGCCAUUCUUGCGAGAGCUGGGCCAGCUCCUGUAGAUCUGGGGUUGCGGAAUACAGUCUUUUUAAGUUUUAGGGCCGUUGUAGUUGCAUGGUGUGGACUCUAG